AUGGUCUUCGGCGCAUUGCAUGACACAUCGUGGCGACACGCAUCUGUUGGCGGGUAUGGAGAGUCCAAAGCUUAUGAUGCCGGACAUGAGUCCGUCGUGCCGUCGCCGCCGCCGCCGCCGUCGUUUCUGGCAGUAAGGACGUCAUCGAUGUCUUCCACCUCGGUCGCAGCAGCUCGGUUUCCCCAGGACGCCCAUGACUGGGACUUUGCCGCGCCCAUCAUACGGGAACUCUACAUGGUACAGAAUCUACCUCUGUCGCGGGUCAUUGAGAUCAUGACCACAAAGCAUGGAUUCAAAGCCACGAUGUACAAGAGCCGAUUCCCAAAAUGGGGGUGGGCAAAGAACGAAAAAAGAAAACCGCCAGAGAAAAGAGCGCCGAGAAAGUCUCGGCGUUCAGCGCCGCAGGCGGAGCCAGGGUCAUCGGAAAUGAUAGCCGCCGCCGCCGCCGCCCAAACUCCUUUGCCCCCGACCUCGCCCGCCGAUCGGCUAAUGCUGCACGAGAGUCCGUACGCUCGACACCUGUAUGAGAGCUGCCGGGCCCUGGACAUCUUCAUCACAUCAUGGGCCGCCCGGGACCCUCGGUGGCAAGGGGAUACCUUGCUCACCAGCCUGGCGGUACAACCACUCCCGAGCUACAUUGACCAGGCCGUCAGCCACUUUGAGGGCGGCGAUUAUCAGCAGGGCGGCAAGUUUCUGCGGCUGGCAUUUCUUGAUGUUGAAGUUUGCAUCAAGGACGAUCAUGUUCUCAAUAUAUUUGGCCUCUUGGUGGAAUGGAGUGAUCCGCUCAUCAGGUUCCCAGGCGUCAACGACGUCGAAGUGCUCAUGGCCUUUAGCAAAUACGUUUAUCAACAGGCCCUGAUACAUUGGGGAAACCAUCCCAUCACCCUAAUGUGUAGAGGUCUCCUAGAAGCAACACGUUACGGCACCGAGAGGGUAGUGUCGUGGAUGCAGAGCAUGUUUCGCCUCAGGAUCGACGUCUUCAGAUCCCUACGAGGAACAGACCUGGCCACAAUAUCAGGACAGACGCAGUUCCUCUCGAGAUGGCCCGACCACAACAUGACGCUCGACUACAUGCAAAGCCAGCACCGGCGCAUCCAACAAAUCCAAGAGACGUACGGCGCCGACCACCACCUGGUCCUGCGCGACCAAAUGGCGCUGCUGCGCAUCGAGCUCGUGCAAAAGCUGCCCAGCGGCAACCUCGAGGCCCGUCUGGAGCGCCUCUGCGCCGCCACCAGCCGGUACAAGCGCUCGGCGGACCGCGACAAGGACCCCUAUGCUGCCCUGAAACAGCACACCAUCUUUCGCGGCAGCCAUUUCCUCUUGGCUCUCUUCCGGGCCUCGCAAAACGACUGGGAAAAGAUGCUCGCCGCCUGCAGGGAGGUUAUUUAUCUAGACUGCGAGCCGGUGACGCCCUGGGGCUCGUUCGUGGUCCUUGUCAUUGAUUUACUGCGCGAGCAUGGUCUACACGAGGAAGAAGAGAGAAUUAUUGCUUGGAAAAAGUCGGUGGAGCUGUCGCCGUCGCUGGAGAAACUCUUGGAAGAGGAAACCGCUUCAGGGGAAGGGGCAUCAAACCUGGUGAGUGGCCUUGUGAAUUGCAAAAGGGAAGAGACGGUGGAGUAG